AUGCCGAAGCCGACGCUGCUGCUGCGCGGGGGCUGGGAGCGCGAGCGCAGCCCCGGGGACUCGGAGCUGGGCCGCCAGUUCCGGGACUGGUGCCUGCGCACCUACGGCGACUCGGCCAAAACCAAGACGGUGACACGCAGCAAAUACCAGCGGAUCGCCGAGGUCCUGCAGGGCGGCGGCGGGACCGGCGCGGGUAGCGGCCCGGCAGCCGGCGAGAAAGGCAAGUUCCAGUUCUGGGUGCGCUCCAAGGGCUUCCGCCUGGGCAGCGGCCGGGAACCCAAGAUGGGCCAAGUGGUGUAUGUGCCGGUCAAGACGGGCUCGGGGGCAGAUGGCCUGUCGGAGCCGGAGGGCAUCUCUCUGAAGCGGGUCGCUGUGGUGGAAGAUUUCUUUGACAUCAUCUACUCGAUGCAUGUGGAGAGCUCAGCGGAGCCCGGCAAAGCCCCCAAGCACGCUGGGCAGAAGAAAACCUACCGAGCGAUCGCGGAGACCUACGCCUUCCUUCCACGGGAGGCCGUGACCCGGUUCCUGAUGAGCUGCACGGAGUGUCAGAAGAGGAUGCACUUUAAUUCCAACGGCCUGGAGCCCAAAGAAAACGAGCCUCCGUCUCCUCUGGUCUCCGGAAUCAUCGAUUACAACAUGCCCCUCACCUCCACGUACCUGAAGCAGAUGAAGUUGCGUGUGAUGAAUUCCCAGGAGCAGGAUGAAACUUCUGUGAGCAGUGAAGAUUUUGAUAUGAACGACUCCACAUGGAUGUCAGCUGACCCACACCUGGCCUCCAGCCUGAGUCCCAGCCAGGACGAGAGGAUGCGGAGCCCACAAAACCUCCACAGCCAAGAGGACGACGACUCCUCCUCUGAGAGCGGCAGCGGUAAUGGCUCCUCCACCCUGAACCCGUCGACCUCCAGCAGCACGCAGGGAGACCCGGCCUUCCCCGAGAUGAACGGCAACGGCGCCGUGGCCCCCAUGGACUUCACCGCCAGCGCCGAGGAUCAGCCCAUCAACCUGUGUGACAAGCUCCCGCAGGGCUCGGCCCUGGGCACGCCCUCCUACCCCUCCGAUGGCUGCGGCGCCGACGGACUGCGGAGCCGCGUCAAGUACGGGGUGAAGACCACCCCCGAGUCCCCCCCUUACAGCUCGGGGAGCUACGACUCCAUCAAAACCGAGGUCAGUGGCUGCCCCGAGGACCUGACAGUGGGCCGGGCCCCCACGGCAGAUGACGACGAUGAUGACCACGACGACCAUGAGGACAAUGACAAGAUGAACGACUCGGAGGGCAUGGACCCUGAGCGCCUCAAGGCCUUCAACAUGUUCGUGCGUCUCUUCGUGGAUGAGAACCUGGACCGCAUGGUGCCCAUCUCCAAGCAGCCCAAGGAGAAGAUCCAGGCCAUCAUCGAGUCGUGCAGCCGGCAGUUCCCCGAGUUCCAGGAACGGGCCCGCAAGCGCAUCCGCACGUACCUCAAGUCCUGCCGGCGCAUGAAGAAGAAUGGCAUGGAGAUGACCAGACCCACACCUCCCCACCUGACCUCGGCCAUGGCAGAAAACAUCCUGGCAGCUGCCUGCGAGAGUGAGACAAGAAAAGCAGCCAAAAGGAUGCGCCUGGAGAUCUACCAGUCCUCUCAGGACGAGCCCAUAGCCCUGGACAAGCAGCACUCCCGGGACUCCACAGCCAUCACCCAUUCCACCUACUCACUGCCAGCCUCCUACUCCCAGGACCCCGUGUAUGUCAACGGUGGCCUCAACUACAGUUACCGUGGUUACGGGGCCUUGGGCGGCAACCUGCAGCCUCCUGCCUCCCUCCAAACAGGAAAUCACAGUAACGGGCCCACAGACCUCAGCAUGAAAGGCGGGGCCUCCACCACCUCCACCACGCCCACGCCCACCCCCUCCAGCAACAGCACCAGCCGGACCAUGCCCACCGCCCAGCUCAGCCCCACCGAGAUCAGCGCCGUGCGGCAGCUCAUCGCCGGCUACCGAGAGUCUGCCGCCUUCCUGCUGCGCUCGGCAGAUGAACUGGAAAACCUCAUUUUGCAGCAGAACUGACCCUGCGGCUCGUGGAGUGCACUACCCUAAGGAAGGAGGCUCUCCCAGCCCUGGACCGGCGUCCCGCCUCACCAGUUUGGUACCUUUUGUUUUUUGAAAGAGGUGGAUCCAAAAGAGCUGUUUCUAAGCCACACUCCAAGCGCCUGAGACUCUGGGCACAAGGACACUUUUUUUUUUUUUUGGAAU